CUGGAUUACAUUAUCAUCACCGGAGACUUCCAAGCUCAUGACUCGUGGGAUUACACGGAAGAUUUGACACGCGAGAAUAUACGCAAUGUAACCGCUCUCCUGCUUGGAUACUUUCCAAAAACGCCUGUCUAUGUAUCCAUCGGAAACCACGAAGGGGUACCUCAAGAUGCAAUGGCACCACACACGAUGCCAGAAUAUGAACAACGUGGGCCUCAAUGGUUGUACAGUCUAAUGAAAGAGAUGUGGUCCAAUUGGCUUCCUCAGCCUGCUUUAGCGGAUGUCCAAUACCGUGCUAGUUACGCUGUGUAUCCGAAACCAGGACUGAAGCUGAUAUCCAUCAACACUAUUUACUGCUCGGAGAUAAACUUCUAUUUGUACAUCAAUCAAGUGGAUCCUGACGCUACGCUACAAUGGCUGAUUGAUGAGCUUGUCGAUUCAGAAGCCAAAGGAGACAAGGUCCACAUUAUUUCCCACAUCCCACCAGGAGAUGAUUAUUGUCUUAAGGGAUGGUCGUACAACUUUUUUGAGAUUGUGAAGAGAUUCGAAAACACCAUUGCUCAACAGUUUUAUGGGCAUACGCACAAUGAUGAUUUCCAGGUCUAUUAUGAUCAAGACGACAACCUGCGACCUUUCCACUUCAACUGGAUAUCCCCAUCGCUAACAACGUACGACUUCAAUAAUCCAUCGUACAGAAUCUACACUAUUGAUGGCGGCUAUUCAGGAGCAACCUACGUGAGCAACAUUAUUGGUAACAGAUCUAUAUAG